AUGGAACAUCAGCUGCUGUGCUGCGAGGUGGAGACCAUCCGACGAGCCUACCUGGACGCCAACCUGCUCAAUGACAGGGUGCUGCAGACCAUGCUGAAGGCGGAGGAGACCUGCUCGCCCUCGGUGUCCUACUUCAAGUGCGUGCAGAAGGAAAUCUUGCCAUAUAUGAGGAAAAUAGUCGCCACUUGGAUGCUGGAGGUCUGCGAGGAGCAGAAGUGCGAAGAGGAAGUUUUCCCCUUGGCGAUGAAUUAUUUGGACAGGUUUUUGUCGUUCGAACCCCUCAAGAAAAGCCGGUUGCAAUUGCUCGGAGCUACCUGCAUGUUUGUGGCUUCCAAAAUGAAGGAAACGAUUCCUCUGACCGCGGAAAAGCUGUGCAUUUACACCGACAACUCCAUCAGACCCGACGAGUUACUGCAAAUGGAGCUGCUGCUGGUGAAUAAGCUGAAAUGGAAUCUGGCUGCAAUGACCCCCCACGAUUUCAUUGAACAUUUCCUCACUAAAAUGCCUCUGGAAGAGGACACCAAGCAGAUCAUCCGUAAACAUGCUCAGACUUUUGUGGCUCUGUGCGCUACAGAUGUUAAAUUUAUUUCAAACCCACCUUCCAUGAUCGCAGCUGGCAGUGUGGUAGCAGCUGUGCAAGGCCUGCAUCUGGGGAACACUAACACUUUCCUCUCCUAUCAAUGCCUCACACAUUUCCUAUCACAAGUUAUCAAAUGUGAUCCGCUUCCAGGAGACGCACAUCAGUAACUAGUGAGCAAUAAACCUUUCAUGAGUGAAUGGGCCAGGAAGGGAGCCUACAAGGAAGACCUAAAGUCAAUGAUCCAUGUCAUAAUGGUGUGUGAAGUUGGGGCAGAGUUGAGCUUUGUUUUGUAACAAUGUGGACGACCAAUAAAUAGAUGCUUUUAAAAGGUUCCUGUGAGGUCUCCCAGUGCUGGACAAUGAGACAAAUAAAGACAACUCUGUGGUUAGGGCAGAAUCUUUGAGAUGCUGUUAAAUAAUUUUACACGUUAAUAAUUUAAAUCUGCAGAGAGUUUGAUCAGUCCAGGUCCUUCAGAACUAGUUCUGUGUAACUGGACGUUGUCGAUGGGAUUGAAUGAUUUCUGGAAAGGUGAACGCAUCGUAAUGAAUUAUUCACAACAGAAUAUUUUACGAUAAACGAUGCGAAACAACUGCUGACAAAUCUUAGAUCACAGCUUAUUAUUUUGAUCGCUUUCACAGUGCCUCAGCGUUUCGUGUGGUGUUUUUGGCAUUUAUGUUACCGUGGCUGAAGUAGUGUGGAUCCAGCGCUGAAAUGUUAGAUAUCAUAGGAACCUUAAAUUCUGAAAUAAAAUGCUGUAAAUAUCCCGCAGCUCAGUUUGGAUUGUACAUGUAAUGCUUUCAGUGAGUUUGGGAACAGUGUAGGUAGUCAGUGUGUGAUUGGCCUCCCCUUUGCUCAAGAUGACAGAAGCAGGUACUGAGGAAAAAUUCCGGGCUUGCUGCUGGUACUGACAGUACCUGAGUCAAACAGAAGUAUUAUUUAAUCAUUCCUGACAGAGCACUGAAGUUGAUUCUCUCACACCUUGGAGAACAAAAGCGUGUCCUUAUAUGACUUGACUUGAUGACAGAGCUCUUUUAGAAGAAAAAGAAAAUUUAGCAAGAAGAGAACCAACGCUUAUUUCUUUUUUACUGUCCAGGGUCGUCAUAAGGCCACAACCUGUACGACCUGAACUUACAAAAACUAAGACCUCUGAAAGGAAGUAACACUCUUCCAGCUUUUAUUGCUAAACAUAUCUACUUGUUAGAGGAGCUAGAGUUAGAAGUAAGUUUUUUGUAGAGGUUACUACAGAAAAUCAGCAUCAUAAAAUUAUACUUGAUGUAGAUAUACAUUGUGUUUGUAACAGAAUAAGAGUUUCAGCAUCUUUCACUGCUGUUGCUUUGGGAAGGGCAAACUGCUUGGUUUUCUACAUAGUGUGAUUCUCCUGCACAGACAGCUUCCCGUAGGGCAGGCCCGUGUAAGCCUGCUGCUAGUCUCUGUUUUGCUGGCAUCCACGUGAAGUUUGUUACUGCACGGUGAUGGUUCCCCUUUGUCAGCCUGCAGAGCUGAAUCCCUUUCUUCUGGAUUGGGCUGAAAUACUAAGAGUGUGCAUUAUAACAACAUGGCUAACGUUCCCCCAGAUUAUCUAUUAGCUAGAGCAGCCGGUCUGUUGGAUUUCUGGUUAUAUAAUCACACUUUUUUACCUUUAGUCUCAAAGAAAGCUGAAUCUAAAGUAAAAUGGAUAUCACCUGAUUGGAAUUCCUUUAUGGUUCAUGUUUAUGUUGGUAGGAGUCCAAUUUCCCGUUUUGCCUUUGAUCAGGGGUAAUUAGAAGUCAGAUAAUCACAAUUAGAAGUCUUGGGCUGUCUUCCAUCAUUCUAUUCUUGACCCCAUCAUCCAAACAGAUGGAAUUUUACCUGACGUUCAUUUCCAGGCCAGAAAUUUGCUAAACUAGAUUAGAUUGGGUUUCCUUGCUGUCUUUUAGUGCAUUGGAAUUCGUCUCCUGCCUGCCCCUACUCAGAGGCACCUUCAGACAUGUGCUUGUUAUCCCAAGCGGGUCAGGCAGUAACAAAGGAUUUCCAAGCAGCUUCGUUUUUUUGUUGUUGUUUGUUUCCUUUAGUAUCUGACCCUGGAGCAUGAUCAUGUCUGCUGUGUGUGUUAAAGGUAUUUGACCACAUCAGUUAAGCUAGCAAGUCUUUUUUUUUUCCACUGAGGAUCUUAAUUAAUCCAGGAAGGGUUUAUGACCUUGAACAAACUGUGGGCAUUGAAAAUUUGGGUAGCGAAGCAGAAAAGUUGUUGGGAGAAGUUAUCAGAAUAAUGCACAAGUUUAGUGUUUGCUUUUCAGCGUUGAGAAGCACUGAGAAUGAACAAAGCUGUUCCUAGGUUGUUCGCGGGGAAUUUUGUAUUUUGCAGUUAUUUUUGCUAGCCCUAAGAUACUCCUGCAAACAAACCACUCAUCUGGUAAUGAACUGAGUAAUGACACGGUUUGAAACAAAAUGCCUAACACUUCAAAUACUGUUCAUCACCUGCAGCAGAAGACUACCGUUCAUAAAAGUUACAAGGAUCAUGUUUUCAAAAAUAUAUACAGUUCUAACGUGCUGUACUGUGAGACUUUCACAGGAAUUAAAAAUGUCUGUGGUCCGAAAGAACCUUUAAAUAAUGUAGUUCUGUGUAAUUAUUCACGGCUGAACUCCAGAGGGAGAAGAAUAGGUAUUUAUAGAAAUCCUUCUGAACGGUUUGAGUUUUCAGAACUCAAACACGCUAUAUGCAAAUAGCAGCAUUAAAAACAAAAACAGGAUUUGCUUUGCUCUGAAAAUAAAUUGGCUUCACUUUGGAACCCUGGGCAUACUACCUUGUUAUAACAGAAUUAUCUGAAAAAGUGCCCGGAUUUGUAAAAGUGAAAAUCCCCAAACCUCUAUUCAUGUACCGUUUAAUACAUCUAAUUCCAAGUGUGACGGAGGUACAUGCUGCAGGACGUGCGAGCAGACGCCGCGCAGACAGGAUUGAUCUGUCAUAUCUCGGGAAGGGGUGAGGGGCUUCACAGGGAACUUAGUGGGAAGGCCGGAGGAAUGCAGGAGCCAAAGGCAUCAUGACUUCAGGAUAUGAGGCGUUUCUUUUUGUCAUUUAAAACGCUGUGUGUCUCUGUCAAGAGGAAAUAUUACACUAGGGUUUAAACCAAGAAAGGUCAUAGGUUAUGUGUUUUCAGUGAGCUGUAACUGAUGGUCUGAUCUGCUUAGAGGUAGGAUUAACCUCCCUCUCUCUCAGAAAGGCCUCGCAGAGAAUUGUUUGCUUGGGUUUCUAAUCUUAUUUUACCCCAAAUGCCAUGUGCCCUUAUUGGUGGCAGAGGAGAUUCUUGUGGUAGUGGAAUCAGUGAAAAGCUGGUAGAUCACACAAGAAGCCUCUGAAUGAAGGCAGAAUUGAAACUGGGAAAUAAAGAAAACAGCAGGCAGGUCACCCUCUCAGGAAAACAACAUUCAUUCUCAGUCAUGCACAUCCUAACACUUUUGACGGCAAUUUAUCAUGGAAGACUGGGUUCACCGCAAGGGCUAACACAUGUCAUAGGUUAAAUCAGAAAAGGCAAUACUGAAAGGAAACUUCAAAGUCCUUCAGACACAGAGUUAAAUAUGUUGGGAAAAAGCUUACGAUAUUUGUUGUAAAGAUAAGAGUAAACAGCACACUGGAGGGAUUGUGGCAAAACAGUGGGAUUGUUGUGCCUGUUGAGGCACCAGUUCUGUACCCUUGCAGUGGAUGCGCGUGGCUCUGAAGAACGCAGCCAUAGUUUGCAGGAGGUCGGGCAGGUUGAGCUGACGGGCCUUCUCCAAAUGGAAUGGCUGUGCAUCAGUAGGUAGACUUGGAUGUGCCUGCUCGUGGUGCGCUCAGUGGCUGGGGAAGUUCCCCUUUCCCACAGUAGACCCGGUCCUGCCGGGCACUUGCUGCUCUCCAUUCAAACAGCAGCCGGUGCAGGCAGUACAGCCACGGCAGCUUCCUGAGCGGGCACCCAGCUCCAGGCACGGGCUGUGAAGCCGGGGAAAAAGCUCUCGCUCUGACGGAGCUCUCAGGGUGGAUGCAGCAGCAAAGUGGAAGUGUGGCAGCACCUUAACGAUGCCUGGUGGUGCUUCUAAAAGAUCUCUGCACUUUGGGGUCAGGCAGGUGGUUAAGUUUCUCUGUUCAGAUGCUAUCUGAGUUAGAAAUCGGUUAGCUAACCCAAACUGCCCACUACUGCAGAUGGCAGCAGCUGGCAGGCAGCUUCGGCUUUGUGUAUCGAAGCAUCCGUGCACGUGGCACUUUUGUUGAAGAACUUGUUCUGCUGAGGUCCUGCCAGGGUGGGCACUGCCCGUGUCACUGCCACAGUGCACGCCACGUCCACGCAGCUCUGCGUGCUGAGACAAGGAGCAGCACGACAGUUGUUGCCAGAGGAGCACGCGUGGAGCUGCUCCCUGAGGCCGUUAAAUGGAAGAUGGCAGGAGUUGUUGCGGAAGGCUGGAGCCAGGCUAGCACCCUGCAGCAGUUUGGGCAGCUCGUCCACUCCUUGCAGUUCAGCGUUGCUCUUCCUACACUCCCAAAUAACUCGACUAUAUUUCUCUUGACGUUUCAAGAAAUGGUAUUUUGUCUGUGAUCUUAGUAUCUUUCUAAAGGACUCUGGGUCUU